UUCUUGACCAAAACCCUGGCCUAUAAAUAGCCAUUGCCACGCCCAUCUCAAACCCUCUCACGCUCCUGGUUGCGGUGCUUUGUCUCUAAAAUUUCUUUGCAGGAGCGAUCCGGGAGUGGAAAUUUCCAAUCAUGUUGGUUUACACUGACCUCCUUUCUGGUGACGAGCUUCUCUCGGAUUCCUUCCCAUACAAGGAAAUUGAGAAUGGAAUGAUCUGGGAAGUCGAGGGAAAGUGGAUUGUUCAAGGAGCGAUUGAUGUGAACAUUGGUGCAAAUCCAUCAGCUGAAGGUGGCGGCGAGGAUGAAGGUGUUGAUGAUCAAGCUUUGAAGGUGGUUGACAUUGUUGACACCUUCAGACUUCAGGAGCAACCUCCAUUUGAGAAGAAGCAGUUCAUCACAUACAUGAAGAGGUAUAUCAAAUUGCUGUCUGGCAAGCUGGAAGGGGAGAAACUGGAUGCAUUUAAGAAGAACAUUGAGGGUGCAACUAAGUUUCUGCUUUCAAAGAUCAAGGACUUGCAAUUCUUCGUCGGAGAGAGUAUGCAUGAUGAUGGCACCAUCGUGUUCGCAUACUACAAGGAUGGAUGCGCUGACCCAACAUUUUUAUACCUUGCCCCAGGUUUGAAGGAAGUCAAGUGUUGAAAGAACAGAAGUUUGAAGCAGAAUGCUUCAUGUAGCAUUAUGAGUUUCUACUAUUUUUGCCUUUUUUUUUCUCAUGACAUUUGAAUUUGGAUGGUUUGGGCUGUUUUUGUUUUGGUUAAUUUGGGUUUCCUUGUUUUGACAUUAUUUACUGGGAAGCUUAUGUUCUGAUGAAUGCAAAAGUUACUAUAUUUAUUUGCUUA